ACAGGAGCAGGUCAGCGAGAGUCGAUGCUGGUUGCGCCGGCGAGGUGGUGGAGGCUGCUGGUCAAUGCAGAGAGAAAAGCCUCGGUUCUAUUUCAAUGCCUCUUGCUCUCUGUCUGCAUCAUGCUCUAUUUCCAGCUAGUGAUCAUGGCCGGGACCGUCAUGUUGGCCUAUUACUUCGAGUACACGGACACUUUCAGCGUGCAUGUGCAGGGCUUCUUCUGCUACGACAACACCUACACCAAACCAUACCUGGGACCCGAGGACAGCAGCGCCGUCCCACCGGUUCUGCUCUACGCCUUGGUCACCGGACUGCCCACGCUGCUGAUUACAGUUACAGAGACUGUGCUGUUCCUCGUCCAGUACACGUCUAACGACUUUGAUCGCUCGGAAAAAAAAGUGGCCUCCGGUGACUGCUGCUACCUCAAUCCAUUGGUGCGUAGGACUUUCCGCUUUCUUGGAGUCUUCACUUUUGGCCUCUUCACGGUAGACAUCUUUGUCAACGCGGGCCAGGUGGUGACAGGAAACCUUGCCCCGUACUUUCUCACAGUUUGUAAGCCAAAUUUCACGGCACUGGGCUGUCAACAGACCAUACGUUACAUCAGCCACCAAGAGGCCUGCACGGGAAACCAGGAUGACAUCUUGCGGGCCCGAAAAACGUUUCCGUCCAAAGAGGCGGCCCUAAGCAGCUAUGCUGCGCUGUACCUUGCUAUGUACGUUACAACUUCAGUGCGCGCCAAAGGCACUCGUCUGGCCAAACCAUUGCUGUCCCUAGGGUUUAUGUGUCUGGCCUUCCUCACGGGGUUGAACCGGGUUGCUGAAUACCGCAACCACUGGUCUGAUGUCAUCGCCGGCUACAUUAUUGGAACGGCAAUUGCUACAUUCCUGGUCGUAUGUGUGGUCCAUAACUUUGAAGGCAAGCUACUGCUGAGCGAAGAGUCGUCGUGUGAGCAGCAGCAGCCUAAUAUGGCCACGCUAAGUCCCAUGGAGAAAUACAUGGCCUCGCAGAAUCACGUCACCUUCAAAGAGGUCACAUGACGUGGAGUCGGCCGUGUGGCAGACCCACUGGACGUCCACGCUCUUCACUGUCCAAUCACGUGAAACCUAGUGCAACACUAUGUCCGUUCUUUGUGGGGUUCCGAUGUGUGAAUGUUGUCUUAUGUUGUCUUUCCCAGGUCUCCAUUGUCAUUUGAAGAUUUUUGUGUUGAAAGUUUUUAAUUUAAUUUUCAAAAAAAAAAACAAAAACACAAAAAACGGCUACCUCUUUGGGAAAGGUUUUUUUUUUUUUUCAUUCCUCAUUUAGCUGACCGGCCGAACUGACUAAUCACACACUGUGAAAUGAGAGAAUCUGCAAAGGCUGGCCUCAGGAUCUGUUUAGAAAUAAAUCUCUUUGCUUUAUGUUCCCAUAGUUUUAGUCACAGAGAAUACUUACUACUACUACUACUUAAUACUACUACUACCAAUGUAUUCCCCAGGAUCUAUGGUUGGGCUGUCAAACUCACUCAAGGGGCUGAAAUUGAAAACAAGGGUUGAAUCGAUACCACUCCUUCAUGUCCGAUACCGAUACUGCAACUCUGAGUACCUGCUGAUACUAUUAUCAAUCUAAUACAUUAUUUUACCCUCCAGCAUGCCUGUUUAUUGCAGACCCAUUGGACCGCCACACUCUUAACUGUCCAAUCACGUUAAACCUAGUGCAGCACUAUGUACAAUCUCUAUGGGCUUCCAACAUGUGAAUGUUGUCUGUCCUGAAUCUCUGUCGUCAUUCCCUGUUCGCAACUUGAUGUGCAAAGUUGAGCAGUUGGACUUAGGUAUCGGAUCUGACAUGGUUGUGGUUUUUUUGCGAUGUUCGAUCCUGAAAUUUUGACCAAUUACUGAUACUGAGCCUGAGUAACAAAUCUAGCCAUCCCCAUUUAAAACACUGUGUAAGUUGUGGACUAAACAGGAUUAGCAUUUAUUUAACAGUUAAGUACUGACAAUAUUUGACCUAAAAACUGAAUUUAGGGUUGCGUAAAUUGUUUCCUCAAUCUUUUUUUUUUUUUUUAAUUCAGAAUUUUAACACAAAAUAAGAAUAUUUUUUACACAUGCAAAGUUGGGAUGGCUCGAUACAGGUUUUUCAUUUCCAGUAUCGAUACUUCGCAUCUUCUAUUUUAGCCUAAAUCAGCAAUUCUGAACGGGUUUUGUGUCAGUAAGCAUUAUGCAUUUUAGUUUAACAAAAUACACAUACACAGAUAGUACUAUUAUUUGAAUCACAUCAAACAACAGUAACAACAGCAAACAAAUA